UAGGGGGCGAGGCUGCGGGUCCGGCUCGGCCCGGCUGAGGGGCUGCGGUUGGGGGUGUGGCUGCGGAUUUCCACGCUGAGAUCAUGAUUUAUUUUUUUUACUUUUUUCUCUUUUAAUUUCAUUUUUUUUCAUUGCCGAGCCCCCGGCGCUGGGCUCGGAGUGAAGUUGGUGCACUUUGGCCUUCAGUCACGGCUCCUUGGGAUGUGGGCCGUUAGGCCUCUCUGUUCUGUGUGGUAAAAUCAUUGAAUUCACCACUUUAUUUUUUUUUUUUCUCUUCUGGUUUUGGCUUUCCUCUUGUUUGUUUGUUUAAUUAGGGCAGACCAACACCGCCCCAAACUGCUCUGUUCUGGGGGAAAAGCAGCAUCUGGCUCCUGCAGGAAGGGAUGAUCAGCCCCUGUGUACAAAUCAAAUCGUUAAACAUUCACACCUCACAGCACGUUGAUACCUCGCACCACGGGUCUCGUCUGGUCCCUGUGGCUGUACAAAUGCUUACAAACUCCAUUGGGCUGCAUUUUGGAUGCCAGCCUUUCACACCGCUCCUUUACCCCUCAGUAAUUCCUGCAGCUGUCAGCUCACAGAGGUCUGUAAUGGAGGGACAGAAAUAGGUUUGUUGGGAGCACAUAACAGAGGGACAGAAAUAGAUUCAUUGGGAUCACGUAACAGGACAGAAAUAGGUUUGUUGGGACCAGGUCCCAGCUGGGGCCACAGCUUAGGGUUACUGCGCUUAGAAACGCUGUAUUUACUUUACAUGGGCAGGAGAGUUUUAUGUUUCUAAACAGGAAAAGAGUUUCCUCCCCACAAAGCUGGGUACUGAUGGCCUGAGCCACUUCCUCGCCCCCACACCAGCACUGCUCACAUCACAGGGUGUAGAACAUGUAGAACAUCCAGGGCCGGAUCCAAACCUGCUCUGAAGAGCGCAAUGUUCCUGGUCGGGCUCUCGGGUGGAAUCGCGUCGGGGAAGAGCACGGUGGUGGCCGUGCUCCGGGAACUGGGCUGUGCCGUGAUUGAUGCUGAUGUUAUUGCCAGAGAGGUGGUGCAGCCCCGCCUGAAGGCCUAUCGGCAGAUCGUGCAUUGCUUCGGCCCCGAGAUCCUCCUGGAGAGCGGAGAGAUCAACCGUGAGGCACUGGGAAACAUCAUCUUCUCCCACCCCGAGAAACGGCGGCUGCUGAACGCCAUCACCCACCCCGAGAUCCAGAAGGAGAUGCUGAAGCAAGUCUUGAAGUACUUUGUGCUAGGCUACCGCUAUGUGAUCCUCGACAUCCCUCUGCUCUUCGAGACCCAGAGGUUGACCAAGUUCAUGAAGCACACCGUCCUGGUUUAUUGCGACCCGCAGACCCAGCUGGCACGGCUGAGGAAGAGGAGCGGGCUGUCCCAGGCCGAGGCCGAAGCACGCAUCGCCUCGCAGCUGCCGCUGGAUGAGAAGCGCCGCCUGGCCGCUCACGUCAUCGACAACUCCGGCGACCGCGAGAGCACGCGCCAGCAGGUGCUGCGGCUGCACGCGAGGCUGGAGGAUUCCCUGGACUUCCUGUGGGCACGGCUGGCGGUGGGGACGGCCGUGGCUGCGCUCGGAGGGCUGCUGUACCUCCUCCUCCAACGUUUCAUCUCUUAAUUCACCUUUUUAGGGUUUUUUUUUUUUUCUUUUUAUUUUUUUUUUUCCCCUCAGUUGUUUUCUGAAGGCCUGGAUUUCCAGGUUUGAAAAGGGCACUGAAAGGCCACCUGUUUUAAUGAGCUUUGCCAGCUGAAUGCAGACGGUGGGGUGAGGUUUUCUCCUGCUGACUUCCCAAGGUGAAUGUGAGUUUUCUUCCAGCACCGUCUCACAUCUCUGUUCUUUAACUUUCUGCUCAGGGGCUGGUGCCCAUCUGUGGGUGAGACGGCUCCCAUGGAGGGGAUGAGGCCCUUCUUAGCCCCACGGAGAUCUGAAUGGUGGCAUUCCAACCUGUGGUGAAUCCAGGCACCUCAGCCUCUUCCAUGGCAAUCUCUUUAUGGGGGGAAUAGGUGGGCUCUCAGAUCUGGUUCCUGCUGCUAACUGUCCCCAGGUUGAUCCCCUGGGAUUAGAUAUGAGAUUUCCCCUUCUUUCACUUUAAACCUGUGGUUGGGAACCAGCAGCACGUCAUUCCCCAGGGCUGGGUGUACAGCUGGCUGCUCGCAUCCCCUCUGCCCCAUGUUUCUGCAGCCUAAACAACCCCGUGAGCACUACCUCCCAAGGGGGGAUGAUGCUGAGGGCCUGAUGCACCCCCAGAGGGGCUGAGACCCGGGAGCUGCCCCUUGGGAAGGCACUACUGGAGAGGAUGAGCCUGGGCGAGGCGGGUGCUGGCUCUUGGCGUUUGGUUUAAUAAAGCACUAACCAGCAGACAGGUCCCCGUGGCUCUGAGAUUUCCGGGCUGCAGCGCUGCUCUUUUCCUGGCCUUCUCCCAGGCUGUUCCUAUGCUGGGGCACGGCUGCGCUCUGUAAAGUUCAUUGUGUGCAAGCAAAGCUUACGAGCACGCUGAUGUGUUCCCGAUGCAGAGCCUGGUUCUGGUCCCAGGAGCUCUGCAGCCUCGGUUCCUGCAGGGCCGUGGCUCAGCCCUGGCCCUGAGCUCUGCUCUCAGCUCUGGGCUCAUGAGCACAGAGUGCAGCGGGGUUCCGGGUCCCGCAGUUAGCAUGGCUGCAGGGACCUGUGGGUCCCAGCCCUGGGCUGCUUAGUCUGAGCAUCCCAGCACAAGCAAUAACUCUCCGUCAUGCCCCUCUCCUGCUUUUUAAUGUGCCUUUAAUUGCGGUGGUGAUGUCGGGGCCGGGAGUCCCUCCCAGCAAGCCAUAAAUCAGGGCUGGAGCAGGACAGGCUAAGCCAGAGAUAAGCACUGAUUGCGUUCCUCCCUCCCGGCUCGCUGCCUCUGCGAUAAAUGGGGCUGCGAUGAGGCCGGGGGCAGUGAGGCUGGCACAGUAAUC